AUUUUCAAGUAAAAUGGUUUCGUUGAGAGAACUUACAGAGUUACGAGGUAACCAGGGCAGAGAGGGGGGAGAAGAAGGGGUUAUAUCUGUAGAGCCUAUCACGAUGAUAGUGACGCCGGCGUUGUAGGAUGUGCCAGAAACAAUGGCGUCUGAGAGCAGCACCAGUUCCAACGCCAAAGACAACGGUGGCGACCACCUUAGUGCGCCGUCGAGCAGCUCAUCCUCUAAGGGGACACCAGGCCACGAGGAGGGGGCGGGGGAUGUAGUGAGCCAUGUCUCAGAUCGGCCUGUAAUGGGAGAGUGGGAAAGCAGAACCAUCACGGGCAGGUUGAGCAAUCUGCGAAAAGCGCCCAAGGACCUGCCCGCUGGAUUUAGGUUCCGGGCCGCCCUACAUCAUGAAGUAGCGGAUUGUGCGCCCUCAAUAAGUGGAUAUAGGAGAUUGGAGGAGAUGGUGAGGGUGCACCACAUCCCUAGAACAAUCCUGCUCCGGACUGGAGCCAAGAGCGAGAGGGCGUGCACGGUAUCACAGACGGGCUGGAUACCCGUGUACGUGGAUCACUUUGAGGCCGGCCUGCGAUUCCCCCUGCCUGGCUUGGUAUUCAACUUGUUGGGGGACUACGAGCUCGCUCUGACGCAGCUGACGCCCAACAGCAUAAGGUUCAUAAUAGGCUUUAUGCUGUUGUGUGCGAGGUUGGAGGUACCGGCCAGGGCGAUCGUGUUCAGGUCGCUGUUUCAAUGCCAGUUGUGUCCCAACUCUCGAGGCGCGAAGUGGUACUACCUCUCCGGAAGAGACAAGAGCCAGUUGUUCAAGAAUGUCCGAAACAAAGUGGCGAGGUGGAAGAGACAAUUCAUAUUUGUUCGUGACACGCGAACAGAGAGGAUAAACAACGACCUUGCUGCUCGGCUAUCUGAGUGGCGUGUGCCCAAUGCACACCUCGCCGUGUUCGGGUUUGUUGACGUGGCAAACCUAUUCACAAAAGGAGAGAUGAGCAGCAUUCUCGAACGCCAACGUCAACGAGCACAGAGCUCACGAGGUCGCAGGCCGGGCAGCACCUCACAGAGACAGACGCGGUUCGACGAGCGAUCGCUAGCCGCGCCUCAAUCACGCAGCUCGUCCCAUCGAGGGUCCAGCUCGGCAUCUAGGCCAUGGGCUAAACACAGAGCUGAGGCUGCGGCCCCGAGUGCACGUAGACGUGCAUGCGAGGAGACGGAGAGCGAAGAAGAUAAGGUCCCCCUUGCUCGGCGCAGAACAAGCGGGGGGACUCAGCCCGCGCAGGCGGCUCGUCCUGCAACCGUGCGUUCACCCAACACGCUGUCAGCGACUACGCGGGCAGCAGUAGAGCCCACCUCUGCAUCGGCUUCGAUAUCGGGCCCCAGGAUUGCUUAUCCUAAAAGCUUCAACUAUGUGCGAGCGGAGUGCCAGCCCUCCAUGGCAUUCAGUUACGCUGUAGCGCUCUACGAGAGCAAGCAGGAGGCUCGUACACAGAACGGCGAGCUCGGUUCAAAAUGUAAACAGCUGGCUGCUGAGAAGGCUAGCCUAGUGGACGAUGUGAAUCGUCUACAAGGCUCUGAAAUGACGAACCGAGCUGCGGCUGCAGAGAGCCGGGCGGAUGAGCUCGCCAACAGAAACAACGAGCUCAGGGAGGAGUUGGAGCGCGCCCGUGCUGAAAGAGAGAGCGGGAUCCAGGCCGCUAGGGAGGAAGCCGCCCAGGUUGAGGAAUGGGCCAAGAAGGCUGAGGCCGACAGGGACCAUGCCGUGGCGGUGGCAUCUACAAAUGUAACCAUGGAGAUCUACAACGAGAUCCGUGGGAAGGUGCUGCAACACCGCCCGGACUUCCCGAUUGGCGAGCUAGCCUUCUUUGACGGGGAGGACCUGGACGAGCAGGGGAAGAGUCUCGCUCCCCUUGUCGACGCCACGGUGCGGUUGAGGUGGGACCUCAACGAGGAGGGAGUGCCUGUUUGGCCUCCUCAAGUCCUUGAGGACGGGGAGGAUCCAGCAGGGCUGCCCUCUUUUGACGCAUGGGUAGAGGGUGCUCUUGUAGCUGAGCAAGAGCCUUCAAGCACGCUGCCCAACUCUCAGCCCGUUGUGGUGCCAGCCAGCUCGCCCGUCAGUGCACCAGCCUCUGCGCCCACAGUCCGGUCUCCUCCAGCUCGCUCUCCUGCAGCUGCUGCUGAUGCAUCCAUACCCGUCGAUCUGACGGAUGACUAGACUUAGGGUUUUUCUUUUUGACGUUUUGUGUUUUCUUUUGAUUACUUGUAUUGAUCAAUGACAUUAUAUGUCAUGUACUUCAACUGUAAAUGAUCAUUGAUGAAAUACAAAUUGAAUUUCCUU